AUGAACGAAUUAGCCUCAUCAGUAGGAGGCCAACCUCAAGUCGAUCUACGAACUGAGGAUGAAAUUGAAGGCACUGAUGACCCUAGCGGGGUAGGUUCAGGUGAGAAAGAAGAAGAACUAGACGGAGAAACCAUUGAUGAAAACCAAAGAGACAAAAUAGCUAGACAGAUGGAAGACUACCACACGGGUAUAACAGAUUUGUCAGCCUCACAUAACAACAACGAUCAAAACGUAAACUUCAUCAACUCCAAUUCCGAGGAAGAAAACGAAGAGUCAACCGCAAAGAGCACAUCCGGAAGUUCCUCUAAUUCAUCAUCUGGUGGCUCAUCAGAAAGCUCAUCAGACAAAGAUUCCAAUGAAGAUACAGAAUCAAACGACUCCUUGUCAACGGAUAGCAAAUCAGACUCAUCUUAUUCAAGUAACAAGAAGAAUAGAAAAUGCAAGCUCAAGUCGAUAAAGUCCCUAGACAAGGCAGUCGAGAAAGCAAUCAAGAUGAGAGAGAAGUUUAACUCGGAAAAGAAAGAUUCAUCCCAAGCUAUGAAGGAAAAGAAAGAUCAUGGGAAAGGCAAAGCAGGAAAGAAGAAGAAGUCAUCCUCGUCAAAAAAGACUAAAGUAUCCAAGCAGAAUGGAAUCAAGUUUCAGGCAGGAGUACCUUGUAAAUCGCUAUUACCGACCCUCCAAACCUACUGGAAUGAGGCGAUGUUGAAACUCAACGAGAAAGUUCCAUUAACAGUCCUUAACCCAACCUUUGUACAACACGACCAAGACGAAAGUCACAAGAAUCAAUCUUCCUCGUCAUCAUCUAAGAAGACUCGAAAGAAGUACGAGAAGCUCGCGCAAGAAAGAGCAGGACAGACUGGCGAGUGGUCCUUUGGAAACACCAAUCCUAAGAGAAGAAGCGUCACAUCUCAGAGCUCAUCACGUCAAAACUCAUCACACCAUCCGUCUCAGCAAAGAGCACCACGUGUAGUCAGAGUACCUAGACUACCAGAAAUAAUAGAAAUGCUACCUCCAGCACAACAAAUCCGACCAAAUGACAAGAGAGAUCAAAGGGGUAGAAAUGGAAUCCGCAGAGGUAGAGGAGGUGGCUCAAUCCAUAGAGGUAGAGCAAACCAACCCAAUCUUCAGUUGUAUAAUUCGAAGAAUGUACAAUUCUUUAACAAUCAGUCUGAUGUAGUUCCCUGA